AUGACUGAAGUUCACGAAUCAAUGAAGGCUCUCGAAUUUCUUAUUGGUCGAUGGCAUGGUACGGGAAAAGGUUUCCUUUCAAAUGGGUCUUCUUUUCAGUACACGGAGGAUCUCAUCAUUGAAAAUAUUGGUCAACCAAACUUUGCCUACUCAGCUUCGUCAUGCAUUGAUGGAAAGACGAGACACAGGGAGUCUGGCUUUAUUAAAUGCCAUGAAGAUAACAAAGUUGUCUUUUGCAUUGCUGAAAACCUAGGAUCUUGUUCGAUAUUACUGGGUGCUUUACAAACCAACGCAAAUGAAAAGAAGCUUCAUCUCACCUCCGACAGCGUGUCUCGCUCGCCUUUUAACAAAGAGCCUUAUGUAAUAAAGUCCGUUCGGGAGUAUCUCUUUGAUGGGGAGAAGCUUCAUCUCAUUGUUCGACUGUCAACUACCAAAAACACCGAGCUGACUGAUCAUUUGAAGAUUACUUAUGAACGAAAAUCAGAGUAA